AUGAAGCAAGAAAAGCGCGGACAAGAGCCACCAUCACCCAUAUACGAGUCUUUACCACCGCCCUGGCUACCUAAGUCUCACAGGACUGCUGAUGUCGGGUACCCUGGUUUCCAUCCGCCCCGCCCAGGACAAGAUGAGGAUGUCUUGUCUGACAAACAUAUAAAGGACGGUUUCUUGUUGCCGCUUCCUGUGCCUGAUGAGCACCAAAGUGCUUCAGUCAUAUUUCUACAGCAGGAUGCAAAGGGUGGCCGCAUACUCGAUCAGAGCGUGCUUGCAGACCUUGAGCACCUCAUGAAUGAUAUCUUUACUCGAAAGGCAGACAGUGCUGUUACUAUACAGUCAUCAGCAUUCAAGAUUCCUUCACGAGUGACCAUGAGCGAUACCAAGCGACAGACCUGGUUCGCUGAACUCGCAGACCCUGAGGUGCCCUUAAGUAAACUUGGGAAAAGUGUGCCGCAUGGUGCCAAAGGACACGAUCUACUCGACCUUCUUCAUACCAACAACGUUGCUAUACCUCGUGCAGUCUGGUUUCUUCGAGUGUUUGGCGCCAACGAGACUGCUGGUCUUAGAAACAAACCGUCUUAUAAUCCCACCCAGUACAGCGUAGAUUGGGCGAUAGUGGUGACGAGUUAUAUCAAGAAACAGCUUGCUGACAUUGCUCUACCGAGCGCCCCUAGGCCUGGAAUGAAUAUCAAACAGACAUUUAAGGGUGUCCUUUCUGAUGCAGAAAGCCGGGACCGAUGGGUUUCCCGUUUCACGUACUGCCUGAAAUUAUUGCGACCAUUCUAUGAUGAAGGUCUCGUGGACCAUCGCACUUUCCUUACAUGGAUUGUCGUUCAGAUGGCAGCCUGCAACCUUGCUCAAGCAGGAUUUGUAGCACAUUUGGCCGAUGAGUAUCUCGAUGGAGUUCUUGAAAAACGCCCACUCGCGAAACCCCUUUUAGACGCAUGCAUCGCGAAAUUGAACGAAGUCAGGACGACUUCUGCUCAGGGUCACCUGAACAAGCUUGAAGAGAUUCUGAAGUCUCUGAUUCAGCGCAUUUGUGUAGCCCUUCCGGACACAUUUGUUUCUCCCAGAACAUGGCUAGCGCACUCAUUGCUCUUGUGUUCUGCACUUGCGGGCCCGGCCGAUAGUGGCCCUAGUGACUGUCGACGACGUGAUUUUCAGCAGUUGAUUUCAGACAAUCUUAGAGAUAUUCAGCGUCGCAAUGACGCCAUGCUAUUUCGCAAUCUCCCACCACGAAAACUCGAGCGUCUUGGGUCCCUGGUUGUUGAUAUUCAAAUUCUAAAUUCAAUCUGCAGUAGCACGGACAUGUCCACUAUAUCAUUUUUCUCUUCUCAAAUUCCUGAUUCAAGCUCAAGCUUUGUCGACAAACUCGACACUUUGUUAACGUGGGCUGUGACGUCACUGCAGUAUGGCUCUCAUCGUCCGUAUGCCGCUGUAACCCUUCUCCAAGCAUAUCAUGAACGCAACGCACGCCGCGAACUAUCUUCAGCCACCCUUCACGAUUAUCUCUUCGAUUGGCUCGACUCCAAACCAGUUGUCCGGGAGGCUGGCAAUCUUAGGGCAGUAGCGGGUCUGUUCGGCAAAUUGAUGAAGAGUGGGCUCUUUGACUACGCAGCUUAUGUGCAGAGACUCGUUGCGAGAGGCGAAGAGGGGCUCUCUUUGAGCGAGCCCGACGGAACAGCCUCCUUUCAUCGUAAUCUCCUUCGCUGGAUACCAUUACAUAACACGACAGCAUCUCUUUCAAACCAGCGCAAAGUCAUAGUCUACGGAGCGCGUGCACGACAAACCCCUGAAGAUGUCUGUGAACGUGAAAUGCGAAGGGAAAUCCGCGCAAUCUUGCCACUUGUGUUUGGUGGGGACACCCUUCCGCCUCCAGUUUCUAUGACAUCUCUCCAAACCAGCUGUCCUACUGUACUCGGCGCACCAUGUUUUGAGCAAGUGCGAACGAUCAAACAAUGGUUACUUCCGAAUCUACACAAAUUUACCUCGAGAUCGCAAUCAUUAGAUGAGAUCAGUACCCUGAAGACAUACAGUACGGCGGUUGAACUCUUAAGUUACACUCAUAGCUAUGGCUCCUUACUGGAGCUGAGUCUUUCGGUCUUGUCCCAGACAACCCACGCAGAAUUAUUGACCGCAGUCGGGGAAGUUUUCCACCGUUUCGCAACUAUAUGGACGGCAAUGAACGUCACUGGCACGAUUACUUCCACACUCUAUUCUACUUAUUUGCUCUGGAGAACGCAAGGGGGGAAAACCAGAUCUCUCCUGACCUUGAUUAUUGAGAUGGACAAUGGACGACAGCUAGAUGCGACGGCCAAAACUCAGGUGGACAACGACAUCGCGGCGUUCACACACGCGCUGGCUCCUAAGACAGAACAUCCAGAAGCCGUUCCGUCAGUCAUGCCUGAAAUCCUACUUCUAGCUGAAGAUUCCAAGCCGGACGCUCCAUCGAUUCUCGCAAACAGCCUCUGGUACAGAUAUCGUACGUCCGGAGACUGGGCAUGGAAAGUCUGGGACAAUAUUGUUGCUUCGUUACGCCAAGUUCCCGUCAUGAGCGAAGAUCACGAGCUUCGUCACACAUACGCACUUCGCUAUGGUCAGUUUCUACUUAAUGUCGACCACCACCUUCCUGGUGGUAUCGAUAAUGACGUACUCCAAUGGUUUCUCGGUACUGGAAAAAGUGAAGUGCUAGGAUUGACGCUUGAAACGUGGGAUGUACUUAGAGUCGUCCUUCUCUUCUUAUGUGUCCAUGGAGCGCUAUCGACAACCACGCUGCUUCAAGGACUAGUUUACCCUGCCUGGCAACUGGGAGCCGACGCAGGCCCUCUCUAUCAGCCACAUAACAUGGAGACGUUUAUACAGGCAGCCAGUGAGCUUUUUGACGCCCUCGUGCUCCAGGAGGAGUGUUCAAUCAGUCCUAUCGUCCCGCAAGAACUCCUUGAUGCGCAACGGAUUCGCACUUGGCGACAGGAUGCCUUUCGGGAACCUCAUUUCACCCUUCUCGCCAGUAAUAUACCGAAUCUAGUGCUCCUGGAACAUAAUGAUGUCGUUUCAGAUGGACUUCGCGGAACUGCGCGAGACCUUCGCUUGCGGACGUGCGAGAGUCGCGAUAUCAGACAAUCAUGCUAUCGCAAUCUUGAUGCUGUCCGCAAGGGCUUCGAGCACCCGAUCCAGUCGGGAAUGGUUGCAGAAACACUUUACGAACCGCUUGUCAACGCACUGAAAAUGAUUUUGAGUGAAUCGAACGAAGAUACAGAUGUCAACUCGUUUUUAAGCACUGGGAUAUCAUCCGUUCUGAGCCCAUGUACACUGGCGGCGACUGCAGUUCAGCUGCAGUUUGGGCUGAGGCAACUCGGAAGGGCGCUUGCUUGUGAGUCGACGAAGCAGGGUGCAAGUGCAUCGCUCGACAAAAUGACAUCCUUGAUCUUCCACCAUUCGAUGGCCUCGGAAGAAGCGUACUUCAUCGCGGAGAUGGCCAGGGGUGUCGACGGACCAGUGGCAAUUAAAUUCAUAAAUAACGGCUUCAAGAGUAUCGUUGAUAUUCUUAACCGAGCCCCUACUCCUUCGACUCCCGAAUCAUUGCUAGCGCGGGUUGGCCGUGCAGGCGAGGUGCUUCGCGUACUAUCGCAUGUCUCAGAGCCACUGCGAGAGGAAGGAACUGGACUAGAUCUUGAUGUCUCAACACAAGAGCGACUUGCAAAAAUCAUUCUGGAGUCGUUUCAAUUCGCAAAUGUGAUGUUUUCCAAAACGACUGAUAGCUCGCUGCGUGUUAUCACCGAAGCUGUCAUAUUUUUGGCUCGACUGCUUCAAUUCGACCUUGUUCUCUUUGACCUUGUCGUGAUUCAUGCAUGCGGCCCUGCACAAGACGCUGUUGCGUUCGCGCUUCUUCUUGAUACCUUGUACUUCCUCAUAGACGAUCUUUUCCUACACUCCAAAACUUCAUCGCCAGACCCAUUCAAGUAUUACCCCACGAAACUUCAGUCACCUCAUCUGCAUUCCCUCCCUAGUUCACAUCGUAUACGACUUCUGACACUCUUUCCACACCUCCGGCCGAAUGCCGUUGUCCAAGAUCUCGCCCACGCUCAUCGAGACAGCACAGGCCUCCUCGUCUACGGCGCACCUGUUCAGAACCGCCCAUGGGAAUGGAUUGAGAACCUCGACAAAGACGAUGGCGUGAUCCGAAACAAUGCCUCUCUAUCGCUCGAAUUGUUCGGGGCGAAGGCCACGGGCGAUCAUUUGAUGGGCUAUGUGCAAGAUGAAGAGCGUUGCGUACCAACGAGACUAGAAGGUGUCUUUGAGGAUAACAUAACGGCCGAGAGCGUGUUCCAUCGAGACUGGCGCGAAACACGACUUCCAGCGCACUCUGACGUUCGUGCUGGGGAGCGCGGGAUAGGAGAGGGGGAAGACGAGCUGGGGACUCUGCCUAUUUUUGGAUUGCAGAAGCCUGGGUCGAGAAGGGCAUCGCCUGCUUCGUCAGUGCGUUCUCGGGGAUCAGUCAGUUCGGUACGUCGUAGUCCAGGGUCGCUCUCGGGCAAUCGGUCUGCCGUUUCUACGAGGGAGGGUACCGGGGAGAGUAUUGGUUCUGGUCCAGCAGCAGGGCGCAAACGAAAAGCUUCGGCUUCUGUGGAUGAUGACGACGAAGUCGAAAUAAUUGAGGGGCCUGCAUCAGUAAACCUGAAGAAGGCCAAAAUGAAGCCCAAACCAAAGACAAAGUAGUUAUAUAUAUCUUCUUGGCCCGUCUUGAUCAUGUGAAUCAGCAUGUUGUCUUGUUUACAUUGUGUCUGGUAUAAUGAUGCAUACAGUGCAGGUGUUGUACCAUAGUUUAGUUUAUGGUAUACAUACGUAUGAUAGAAUAUGCAAAUAACGUAGAAGGAUGGAGAAUUUCUGUACAGUACACUAGAGCUAAUCAUCGAGGGAAAAAGCCGUCAAAUGGACCUGCCUGCUGCCCAUGACCAAUAUUAGAAGACUCCCGGCGAGUGUCAGGUUGCCGAAGAACGCUCCCGACGAUCGAAACCAUAUCUUUGACUACAAAGUUUACAACCGGUUUUCCUGUGAUCU